AUGACGCAGUCUGUUGUUGUUCAAGUCGGACAGUGUGGAAACCAGAUUGGUUGUCGUUUUUGGGAACUCGCUUUGCAAGAGUAUGCCCAUUUCAACAAAAAACGCCUGUAUGACGAUGCCACUGGCGCAUUUUUCCAUAAUGUGGAUUUAACCAGCCGUAAUAAGGGAGUCUACUGUUCAAAUAAUGGAGUAGUCCAGUUGCUGAAAGCUAGAGCAGUGCUCUUGGACAUGGAGGAGCGUGUCAUCAGCCAGAUGAUGAAAGGCUCUUUGAGGGACGUGUUUGACCACACUCAGGUCCUCACCGGAAUGUCAGGUGCGGGCAACAACUGGGCAGUCGGAUACAUGAUGUAUGGCUUAAACUACAAGGACAAGAUAGUGGAGCAGCUGAGGAAGGCGGCCGAACAGUGUGACUGUCUGCAAUCUUUUUUUCUCAUCCACUCUACGGGAGGCGGUACAGGUUCGGGGCUCGGGACCAGAGUACUCAGUCUCCUCAAGGAUGAAUUCCCUGAGGUGUGUCGCAUAGUCACACCAGUCUUUCCGUCUGUGAACGAUGAUGUCGUGGUAUCCCCUUACAACACCGCGCUGGCCUUGAGAGAGCUGACGGAGAACGCCGACUGUGUCCUGCCGGUUGAAAACCAGUCACUGGAGGACAUUUUGAACAUGCAACGAUCAUCCCGUGCCGGCAGAAGACGGCCAACGAUGAACAGGCUAAUCGGGUCAGAGUACUCUCUUGAUGCCAGGAAUGAAAUUGUUGCUAACAUGUUACUUAAUCUUACCAGCGCUGCCCGUUUUGACGGGUCCCUCAACAUGGAUCUGAAUGAAAUCGCCAUGAACCUGGUUCCUUUCCCUCAAAUGCACUACUUGGUUCCAAGUCUCAGUCCCCUCUACACACUGGCAGAUGUAGGCGCCCCGAGCAAAAGAAUGAAUCAGCUCUUCAACAACGCCUUCUCUAGGAGCCACCAAUUAAUCAAAGCGGAUCCAAAGCACAGCCUCUACCUUGCCUGUUCCCUCGUGGCUAGAGGAAACGUUCAAGUUUCGGACCUACGCAGGAAUAUUGAUAGAUUAAAGCCUUCGUUGCACUUUGUGUCAUGGAACCCAGAAGGCUGGAAGACCAGUCUGUGCUCCGUACCCCCCGUCGGACACUCGCAAUCAUUAUUGGUCCUGGCUAACAACACUGCUGUAAAGUCCACAUUCAUGGAAUUGAGGGAACAAUUCAUCAAGCUUUACAGGAACAAGGCACACUUGCAUCAUUACCUGCAAGUAGACGGCAUGGAGCAGAGUUUAUUCUCGGAAGCUGUAACAAGUCUUGACUCUUUGAUUGAGGAGUAUCAUUGUUUGGAUGUCGAAGCAAGGAAAUUAAUACCGGAUGCGCCGAGAAUAAAGAUUGCUAAAUAG